CAUAAGCUACUCUUUUCAUAAUUAACAAGAAAAGAGCUAGACAAGCCUAGUUUCUCUAAACACAUUCAAGUCUUAGUUUGUUAAAGCAGAGAUAUAUAUACCUGUAUUGAUAAUAAAUUACUAAUCAACCAAGGAGAUGACGGGAAACUUGGCUCACCUUACUCUUGCUUUUGGCCUUCUUGGAAAUAUUAUUUCAUUUUUGGUAUUCCUUGCACCAAUACCGACAUUCUAUAAGGUCUAUAAGAAGAAAUCAACUCAAGGGUUUCAGUCAGCACCUUAUGUUGUCGGGUUAUUUAGUGCCAUGCUUUGGAUAUAUUACGCUUUGCUCAAGACCAAUGUCAUGCUUCUCAUCACCAUUAACUCAGUUGGUUGCUUUAUCGAGACAUUGUACAUAUGUUUUUUUCUCUUUUAUGCACCAAAGAAGGCUAGGAUGGAGAGUCUGAAGCUAAUUGGGUUAUUGAUAGUCGUUGGAUUUGGAUUGAUUCUCCUCCUAACUCAGCUCCUUGCAAGUGGAGGUACUCGUACUGUGAUAGUUGGAUGGAUUUGCCUUGUAUUUUCUUUGUGUGUUUUCGUUGCACCUAUGGGAGUGGUGCGACAAGUGAUUAAAACAAAAAGCGUAGAGUACAUGCCAAUUCUACUCUCUUUUGCACUAACGAUCAGUGCCGUCAUGUGGUUCUUUUAUGGCCUACUCCUUGCUGACUUCAACAUUGCGAUUCCAAAUGUACUUGGAUUCACCUUCGGUAUUCUUCAAAUGAUACUAUAUUUUGUGUACAAAAACAAGAAGCCACUUACCAAUGAAAAGAUAUUAACUUUGGAAGCAAAAAUCAGUCAAAAGGAGGAACAAAAGAUCCCAGAACAUAAAGAUCAGAAAACCGUCGAUAUUUUGAAGCUGGAAAAUUUAAUUAAUUCUGAUAUUCUUCCGGUGGUUGCCAAAUCAAACAAAAUUGUAGCUGUUGAACCUCAGGCUCCUUUAUAUGUGCCACAUCACACCAUUGAAGUUGCCGCUUGAUCACCAUAGCUUUUAAUUUUGACCACAGAAAGACCAAAUGGGUAGACAUGUUGUUGGAUCUUAAUUCCAUGUUUCAGUGUAUCUUCUUAAUAUAGUUUUUAACUAGUUGCAAACAGAGCUAUCGUCUUUGCUUGAUAAAAACUUUAUCAGUCUCUUACCUAACAUACGUUUCAUUUUUAUUCCCUGUAACAAUUGUCGAUAUAAACGAGUUUGGGC